AAAAUAGAUGCUUGUGUUAGUAUUGAGAACUGUGAGAUCGCCAGUUUGGACAACAACAGUUGUAGAUGCAAUAAAAUUGACUGCUAGUUCAAAUAUUGAGGAUUAGUUUGUGAUAUAUUGUGCUUGGAAUAAACAAAUUGAAUGCAAUGUUUGCAUUUUUAAAUACCCCCUAUUUCUUGCAAUUUUGUACUUAUGGUCCGCCGUACUAGCUGUCUUUGAGUGUUAUGGCUUAGUGGCUGCUCCCCCUCCCCCCAGAAAAGAGAACAUAGCUUUAGUUACCUUUCGGAACCAGCUUAAAGAAAAGUGUUUGCUGUAGUACUAAAACCUGCUUGACUUCUACCUGGUCAAAUUUUCAGCAACCUCUUUACAUGCGCAGCCAGUUAGGAACAGGAGACGCUAUUUGAUAAUCCGUCACUUGACCCAAAUGUGCUACAGGAGAAAAACAGUUUACAGUCACAAUGGCAGCUGGUUAACCUCAGUCAGCAGUAUAACGAGGCGGUAAUAUCAGAAAAUCCCUCCAACCGCGAGGGAUAAGCUCUUCUUUUGUGCUAUUUUGGGGAUAAGUAGCUUCGUUGAUCUAGCUGUUUCAAAGUAUUACUUUGUUGAUCUUUCUUAGUCCUCACCAUAACAACAUUGGCGUCGGUCUAAAAAAGAAGCCAUUUCCAACGAAAGGCGAAAAUAUUGGUAUUUCUGACAAGAUUAAAUCUUCCAAUGAAAUAUUUACAGGUAACAAUUUUCUUUAUACAACGAGACUUAACACACAAUGAGUGGAAGUGUUUUUCUUUCCUCACAGACGAACGCCUUUUGAAUGGCCACAGAAAGACUACACCACGUGCGACGUAGCGUUCUUAAGAAAGACAAGUUAAACCACAAACACGUGCAUUCAUGGCGGGCGGGGGGAGUUAUCAGGUUACCGUACCGGAGUAAAACUGUUUUCUUGCCUGACCCAACGGCUGUAGCCCUGCUCAACUUGUUACAGAACUAUUGAAGAGAUCUUUAAGGAGAGUGUGUGGUUCUUAGGAUGGCUUCAUACGAUGCAGAGCUUGAUACCUCCGCCGACCGCUCGUGCCCUGUCCGCGGCUGCCCGGGGUUCGACAGCUCGGUGAAGCUGGAGUGUCGCGUGUGCGGCCGGUGCUGUCACACGUCCUGUCUCACCAGGAAGAACAAGGGGGACCAGCACGCCAUGGCAGCCAUGGAGAACGCCAACACCGACAAGGGCUGGAGCUGCUUCGACUGUGAAAACCUCGGUUUACUACUGGAGGAAGAGGACACCCAGCUUAUGAUGGACAACUUUGACCAGCACGAUCCCGACCAAAACACACAGGUCAGUGUGGAUGAGUUUGUAGCCUUCCAGCAGAACUUGUGCCGUCAGAUGAAAGGCAGAGAACUGAGCGAGGAAGAGGAACAAGGAGCAAGAGACGCGUUUGACAACAUCGACAUAAACAAGGACGGGUCUAUCGGCUGGUGGGAGUUUGUGACAGCAGAGAGCGUGCGCUUCUUACAAAAGAAGCCAAAAGAGUACCUGGUCAAACAGCUGAACCCAAGAGAAAUCAAACGCAUCCGGGACAUUUUCAAGGAACAAGACUUUAACGGUCAGGGAAUGCUACUACAAGCUAACUACCAGGAAGUCAUCAAGCAGUGGAUGGUUGGUCUUGGACUGGAACCCAAGGAUGGGGACUACACCAAGUACCUACUGGUGGAGUCUGUGAUUGUUCAGUGGGACACCUUCCUCCGGGAACACGCUAUCUCCAUUCUGUCAGCGCGUCCCAACAUCUCCGGCAAGAAACACUUUCUACCAGUCGCAAACAGAAGCUAAAAUUUACAACAGAACCCGAUAUAAAACAUCAUCAAGCUCUGACACGGUAGAAAUAUAAAGACAGAAUAACCACUGACAAAUGCAAGCACUGUGAGGAUCUCUUAUAUCUGUAUAGCUUAUGAUAAAUACAGAAAAUGGUUUCGUACAAAAGGGGAUUGACACAACUUCCCUGGCAGUAUGAUUUUACAUGGUAUGAUUCAAUCUUUUUAACAAAAUAUAUUAAUGGUGGUACAUUUGGUUCCAGUAAGUAAACGUAAUGGCACUGAUGUGUAAGAAUUAAUAAGUUUUUACAAAUAUCUUUGUUGUUAACAUAAAUCAAAGUUGAAUGUAGAGGAUGCAAGUGUAGUGCAUUUCCAAUCAUUACGUUUGGAAGAUUUCAAAUCUUUUUAUGUCAUUUGAUGUCCAAUUUCUUAUGAAUUAUAAACUUCACUGAUGGUUAUGUUUGAAUUUUGAUGGCUAUUUUUGUAGAUAUACAAAUAAUGACACUACAAAUGUACAAUUCAUACCGGAUGUUGGUGAUAAAAAAUAAACUUAUAAUUGGUAAUUUACGUUUUGUCUUAAGAACAGAAAUUAUUAUGGAUACUCCUGUCUUCCUGUUGUACAACAUUUGAUUAAUCCAAUGGGAUAAUCAUCUUAGAUGUACUCUUUUUGAUGAUUGUUUAUGGUGCUCAUAUCUUUCUUUUGUAUACCGUGUUUUAUGGUCGGUUUUCAUUUUCUUCACAAUAUCUACAG